GCGGCGUGAGGCGGAACUGUUGUCUGCUAAAACUUGAGACUGCAGAUGGACGGUAGAGCAUAGAAAGGGAGAAAGAGGGUUUUUAUAACCACUUGGGCUUCCCGCGUGGUGCGAAAGGGGGAAGGCUAUGCAAAAAACAGAGGCAUCGCUGCAGAAGCACGGGAGAACGACUGGCGACUCGGCGGCGUGCUGAGACGCAAAGCGUAUGAGUUUGGGACUCCUGUGCGACAGGUUCGGCUUUGAAACUUGCAUAUAAGCCGGUGCCUGGGAAUUAAGAGACGCGCACCAGCGAUUGGAAGCGUUUUUUUUCUCCUACCCGCGGAACUGAAUAGCACGGCAGGUACCUGACAAGGAAGUUUUCCCCCCCCCUUCCCCAUCUGUUAACACUGCAUUAUCUGCUGCAUGCUCUGGUUUUGUUAACCCGACUCGGGACUGGCAGAUAACUUAUAAGUGAAGCGGAUAGGAGUGCGCAGAGAAGUGAAGUUUGCAUCAUAGCGAGCUGAAAGCCGAGGGCUGCUCUGCGUCGGAGAGGCGGAGAGACUCCGCUCUUGAUAAACUGUGCACACUUGUUACUGAACUAUGGUACAGAAGACUAACAACGCUGAGAACACGGAGGCGGUGUUCGCGGGAGAGUCGAGCGACUCGGGAGCCAUGGACCUGGACAUGGCUUCAUCGCCGACUCCCGGUUCCACGGCUUCCACUGGAGAUAAACUGGACCUCGGCUGGUGCAAGACGCCCAGCGGCCACAUCAAGAGGCCGAUGAACGCCUUUAUGGUGUGGUCGCAGAUCGAGAGGCGGAAAAUCAUGGAGCAGUCCCCGGACAUGCACAAUGCCGAGAUCUCUAAGCGACUGGGCAAGCGCUGGAAGCUCCUUAAAGACAGCGACAAGAUUCCCUUCAUUCGAGAAGCGGAGAGGCUUCGCUUGAAGCACAUGGCAGAUUAUCCCGAUUACAAGUAUCGGCCGAGGAAGAAGGUCAAGUCAAGCAGCUCCAAGUCUGGCGAAAAAGGGGAGAAGGUUACCGGCAGCCCUGGCUCCAAGCCCUCUCUGAAAAAAAGCAGCGGCUCUAAGUCGGGCAAGACGCACAAGAUUGUGCUGGGGAGCGGGAAGGCGGCGCUGUCGGAGCCGGUCUCGCACUCGGCGGCGGCGGAUCACCACUCGCUCUACAAAUCAAAGUCUGCCUCGGCUGCCAAGCAGAUCUCCGAGCGGAAAGCCAAGCGGGUCUACAUCUUCGGCGGGGGUAGCCACAGCGUCAGUCCCUCGUCUGUCGCCGUGCCGGCCAGCCCCACUCUCAGCAGCUCCGCCGAAUCCAGCGACCCUCUGAGCCUUUACGAGGACGGAGCGGCGAGCGGCAAGGAAGGACCGGAGUCCCCCGGCGCGUCCGGCGACCACCACCGGUACACCGGCAUGCGGGCGUCUUCGCCAACCCCCUCUGCUUCCCAUUCGUCGUCGUCCUCACAGUCCUCAUCCUCAGACGAGGAGCUCGAUGACGACCUGCUGGACAUAAACCCUAGUCCCGGUUUCGAUGGCAUGUCGCUGGGAAGUUUCAGCUCGUCGGUCUUGGACAGGGACUUGGACUUGAAUUUCGAGUCGGGCUCCGGCUCCCACUUCGAGUUCCCCGACUACUGCACUCCGGAGGUGAGCGAGAUGAUCUCGGGUGACUGGCUUGAGUCGACCAUCUCCAACCUGGUGUUCACGUAUUGAGCGCGAUCCCGACACGGGGAGGAAGAGUGAGAUACAUAAAUAAAAAACCAUGCAUUUGCGAUCCGAAGAUCACCCGAGGGGUGCGUUGCACACCUCAAAUGUCCUGCUGGAGGAGAGAGGACAGGGUGCGCUGAUUAAAGAUUAUAACGCUUGAGCGAAGGAUCAAGGAGCGGGGUGUCGGAGGAGCCAGAGCUGGAGAGUGUUUUUGCCGGCAGAAGAGGGGGGGGAGUCAUGCGAGAGCUUUCCCCGAUAGGAGCGACUGGGAUCCUAUUGAAAUAAACACUCGGUCUGAACUGGAAAACUGUGAUUGAUUUGCACGUCGAAUGCGAGGCUCCGGCCCGCUACUUUGUAUCAAUGUUGGACGUUCGGGAACUUUUAUAAUCGCCACGUGAACUUAAGAGGUACAGAAAUAGGCGUCUUAAGCGGUUUCUUUUUUCAUCGUGAUGAAUUUUUGUCAGGUGGGUUGACAUUUUAAAAGAUUUUUAAAAAAAAUAUAGAAAAAAAACGCAUGUUACCCUGUUCUCUUUGCUGAGAUUUCUGUUGACUGUCGGACAGUAAAACUAGUGUUUAGCGUUAUUUAA